UUUGCCUUAAGUUUGCAGGGCUUCUUUGCUAUUGGAUCAGAUUUGUCACAGAAAAAUGUGGAUAAUUUGUUUUUUAAGCAGCCAGUUUGCUGUGAUUUGGAGUGCACUGCCUGAGGGGAGGGGGGUUAAAAAGUGUGGCGUUUGCAGCUUUUGAAAGGGAAUUGGAUAACAUGUUUGAAAUGGAGGGUUAAGGCAGGGCUACAGGGAAAAAAACAGAGGUUAGGGUCUAUUUGGAGCCCUUUGUUAGGGCUGAAUAGUCCAGCUGCUACAUAAUGACAUUGUGGGUGGAAGUUUGCUGAGGUUGCCGGACAGGUUUUAAUGGAUUGGCCUCUGGGCGUCAAGCCAGGAUUUGGGUUAACGUUUUACUAGUGAAUACUGAAGGCUGCUGAAUAUUUUAGGCACUUGGCAGCGGAGGCCGAGUGUGGAGGACACCGCGCUCAGGAUGCAGGCGCUGCCGAUGAGGUCGGUGCUAGUGACGGGCGCGAACCGCGGCCUGGGUCUGGAGCUGGUUCGCCAGCUGGAAGAGGCUGAGCGGCCGCCCCGCUACCUGUUUGCCGGCUGCAGGGACCCCGAGAGCCCACGAGCACUGGAUCUUAGGAACCUGGCAAAGAGAUUCUCAAAUAUAAAAGUACUUAAGUUGGAUGUUGACGACUAUGGCAACAUUCAAGAAUGUGCUGAUCAGAUUGGGAAGAUAUUGGAAAACAAUGGCCUAAAUCUGCUAAUAAAUAAUGCUGGAGUCUACUUUGGUGGAGACCUCAGUGAAGUUACUCCUGAAACAAUGAUGAAAAGUUACAGAACCAAUGCUGUUGGACCGAUGAUGGUAACCAAGGCUUUGCUGCCAGCUUUGCAGCGAGCGGCUCAGCUGAGUGAUGAACUUAAGAAAGCAGCGGUUAUCAACAUGUCCUCCAGCUUGGGCUCCAUGGAGCUGUUUGACAAUAAAAAUGAGAUACCACUUGCAUACCGGAUCAGCAAGGCUGCAUUGAAUAUGGUGACGAAGUGCUUGGCUAAUGAGCUGAAACCCCAUGGAAUCCUUUGCAUUUCAUUGCACCCUGGUUGGGUUAAAACAGAGAUGGGUGGUGAAAAGGCACCACUAUCUAAGGAGGAAAGUGUCCGUGGAAUUCUUAAAGUACUGUCGAUGCUUUCAGACAAAGAUAAUGGAUCGUUUCUAGACUGGAGAGGUCAGCGUUUACCUUGGUGAAGACUAACUUACGAAGCAUUAAUGUGUUAAUUUUACUCUUCACAAAAUGGAAAAGUGGCACAAUAUGACUUCACUUGCAAGAUUGUUACUGAUUUUCAGCAAUACUAAAAUACAUUUGGAAAAUUUAGUGUUCUUGAGCUAUACUUAAUUCUAUCUUUUCAAUGAUUAAGUAUAAAAGGAUGGCUUAAUAAAACUAUUCUAAAAUGGUUAUUUUAA